CCCACAGUACACGCCCGCACCGCCCGCGCUGCACGUCCACAGCCAUCGCAGCCGAACCACCACCUGCACCGAGCACUCGUAGCUCUGAUGGGGGUCCCUCCCUGCCUCCUGCAAGCAGACAGUGCUGUGCUUGUAUUGAUUGCUGAGUGGAGGUGACAAGAAGUGUGAGAGUGAGGAGGAGGCAGCACACAGGCGGGCUGCCAGCCAAGCAGUGAGUGGUAUCUGUGCCAGCACUCGAGUCUGGGCGGCGCGGCGCGGCGACCGUCACACAGUACCCCGCUGCCCACUUGCACGGGGGGAUGCCUGCUGCACCGCUCUCGUGCCACCUUUGUCAUUAGUGAGGACUUGUGCUGUCAUGGACCUCGGCUUGUGUAGCUUACAUUCCUAUGGUUGAUUACUUACUGUGAUGUGGUUUUAUGGCAUUUUAUGUCAAGUGUUGUACAGUUUCGUGGCAGUAGUGUAGUGAGACAACUUGUGAUGUGAGUUUGAUCACUUGAUCUGUGCCAUCAUAAGUGGUGAUCCAGAAAGCAAAUGGUAAUGUGAUAUUACCAACCAAGCGAGUGUGAACUUAACCUGACAGUAUUGUAGGCAAUAUUUUCCUGGAGCAUAAACCAGCCUCACCAUAAUUUUGGUUGAGGACAGCAGCCCAGGAGAAGAAUUGAUGCUUUCAUCUGCUUGUGAUUCAUAUCCCAUUGGCUUUGCAGAGGAGGAACCACGAGAUAUGGUCCGGAACGGAGAUGGGAGCAACAAUAUGGAUGUGAGGCGAUAUGAGCUACGGUGGACGCACCACCAGUCCACUGUGGUGGCGGAGGUGGGCUCGCUCUACCGGGACGCUGCCCUGGUGGAUGUCACCCUUGCUUGUGAGGACCAGCGUACAUACCAGGCUCACAAGCUGGUACUCUCAGCAUGCUCCCAGUACUUCCAGGGUUUGUUUGCACGCCACCCUGCCCAUCAACACCCCAUCAUCUUCCUGAAAGAUGUUAGCGGGGAUGAGUGCGAGGCGUUGCUUACCUAUAUGUACCGCGGGGAGGUGUCCGUCAGCCAUGAUCAGAUACAACGCAUCCUCCGCGUCGCUAACUCACUUCAGGUCCGGGGGCUUGCGGACUUGGAGCCAACAAAUUCCCGGCCAUCCUCUCCUGUAGGGGAUCAGGGAGGUCAAUGUGCCUCAUCCUCCCCUUCCCCCAGCACUGGCCCCCCCACCAAAUGUGCCACCCCAAUUAGCGAACCCCAUUCCCCAAAUCCUCCACCCUUGGUGAACCCCAAACUGCCGCCCUUGGGAGGCACUUCAACCCACUCUCGGCUGCCCAGUCACCCCAGCGCCCCAGAUCCUCCACCUCCUCGACACCCUUCGGUGGAGGCCUCGGCGUUGGCAGCGGCAGUAGCAGUGGCCACGAGACCCCCAGGCCCUCAGCACCCUCACAUGCCGCCGGAGUACCACCCAUACCCCAUGCUACCCCAUCGGCCACCAUACGAUCUCUCAUCAGCACCCAGCUCUUCGCUCUUGGCCGUCAGUGAGGCGGAUGUGAACAGAUCGGAAGAACACAAUAAAUGCCAAAGUGCUUUGCCAAGAUCGCCCUACCAGUCACAGUUGAAAUAUGAGAGCAAUUUGCUGCUGCAGCGUGUGAAGCAAGACUUGGGAGGCAACAGUUGGGAUGCUCCUGUAGCAGUUGGGGACGUGUCACCCCUGUCGUUGAGUGAUGCUCCUCGGCACCCAUACCUCCCCCCUGCAAUCUUCAACUUCCUGGGGCAUGAGGGGCACCCGACUGCAAGUUCCCAACCAUAUGGGGCCCUACAGAGAAUGUUCCCAAUAAGUGACCCUUUACGAAGGCUGGAGAGACUGAAUACACCAGGUAGUGAGACACGCAUUCAUAAGUGUCAGUAUUGUUCACGCAAAUUCAAAAGGAAGGACCAUCUAAAGACUCACAUCAGGAUCCACACAGGAGAAAGACCUUACAAGUGUAAAAUUUGUGGCAGGGGGUUUAUCCAGAGCCAACAGGUGAAAAUCCACAUGAAAGUACAUGUCCGAGAGGAUGUAGCAGGUGUCGGAGCAUCGUCAGGGCUGGGGGCUGGUGGGGGCGGGGGUAGCAGCCUUCCUGCCCUUUAUCCAGAUUUGGUAGGACACUAUAGUGACCAGCAGGGCUCAGGUGGCCCCCACAAUGACCCCCACACAGACUUGGAUCAGUCCACGGAAAAUAAUCCCCCGGAGCCCGAUUCGGAAAAUGAGUGCAGUUCGGAGAUGGCUGAAGUGGACUAUGAGAUGCGGCUGCAGCAGCAGGAGGGAGCGAGUGGGGGUCCGGGGCGAACACCCCCAACAUCCAACCCCUCAUCUGUGGGGCUGCGUGAGCACAAGACCCCGUCCCCACAGUCCCCCCCUGGGGCUGUGUCAAGGAGCCACCCAACUCCCCCAGAUGACCAGAGCUGCAGUGCCAUGUCUCUGAAGGAAUCAUAUCAUAUAGGUAGCAAUAUAAAAAAAUGAUGGCUAAUGUGCUGUGAUGAUAGAGGCUUUAAUUAAGUAACUGUUGGUUAUACUAAUUGUUUUGUUGCCAAUAUGCAUUUCCACACCAUCAGAAAAAAUUCCGGCUUCAAUGUUAAUUCCUUAAAAAGCAUAUCGAUGGCAGGAAUGAUACAA